AUGGAUGAACAAGAUGCUAAGCAUCAAGGAACAUCAGCUGAAACCGGAUUGAUUCCAGUUUACCCAACCUUAACUUUCCCAAAUCACUACUCAAUCGCCACCGGAUUAUACCCUGCUUAUCAUGGAAUCAUAUUAAACAGAUUCACUGAUCCAACUACAGGCGAUAACUUCACAACGAGAAGUCGUGAACCCAAAUGGUGGUUAGGCGAACCCAUAUGGGAGACCAUCGCGAACCAAGGGCUGAAAGUGGCGACAUAUUUCUGGCCUGGGUCCGAUGUAAAAAAAGGUUCUUGGGAUUGUCCUGUGAAUUUCUGUCCACCGUAUAACGCUUCAGUCCCGUUUGAAGAACGCGUCGAUACUUUUCUCCAUUAUUUCGAUUUGCCAAAUGAAGAAAUUCCUGCUUUCAUGGCGUUAUAUUUGGAGGACCAUGAUUCUCAAGGUCAUCUAGUUGGCCCUGAUGAUCCUCAAAUUACAGAAGCUGUUAGUCACAUCGAUGGGUUUAUUUAUUUUAAAAAAAGUAAUACAAACCUCAUAAAUCGGUGGUACACCCCCUUGAUCGGAAACCGGAGGUCACGUCAAUUUCUUCAGUUCGCUCCUCCUGUGAAAUACUUGAGAGGGAUGAAGAAGAUUCAGUCGUUUCCGGGGAAUAGCGAGAUCAAAAUGGGGAUAGGGUUGGAUGUUAAGAGAGAGAGAGAGAGAGAGAGAGAAGGGGGUGGGGCCCUUUUAUUAAAUAAUUAUAUAUAUAUAUAUAUAUAUAUAUAUAUAUUAAUAGAGACAACCUCAUAAAUGGUCCCUGGUAAUGAAAUGACGAAAAUGCCCCUCACUUAAUGGCAGAAAACUGACGGAGUUAGGCGGAAGGACUAAACAUUAAAAGUUUUGAAACCACAUGGACGAUCCAUGAGGUUUUUUGAACUUAGGGACUAAACUUGAUAUUUUUGGA